UGCCACGUCAUCACUCAACAGAUAGCGCGCUUCCAACUGCGAUAGCCUGCCUCGCCGUUCACAGGGAAUGGCGCUGCGGCCGCUGCUCCACCACCUCCUCCCAUCGCCUCCCCACCGGAGCCCCAGCCUCCCUCCACCACCGCCUCCGGCCUCGCUCUCCUCCUCCGCCACCACUCGCCGCAGCGCCGCCGCCGCGCUUCUCCUCCUCGCCGCGUCCGCGGCCGCCCCGGCGCCUCCGCGGCCCGCCCGCGCCGCCGACGAGGACGUCGACGAGGCCCGCGUCGUCCGCCUGUUCCAGGAGGCGUCGCCGUCGGUGGUGUUCAUCAAGGACCUCGUCGUCGCGGGGGCGCAGGGGAAGGGAGGUGGCGGGGAGGGGGGCGACGAAGACGAGGAGGAGGGCGGCGCCAAGGUGGAGGGGACCGGGUCCGGGUUCGUGUGGGACUCCGCGGGCCACAUUGUGACAAAUUACCAUGUGGUUGCAAAACUAGCUGGAGAUGGAUCUGUGUUUCAUCGCUGCAAGGUGUUCUUGGAGGAUUCUAGUGGCAAAAGUUACUCAAAGGAAGGGAGGCUAAUAGGCUGUGAUCCAGCAUAUGAUCUUGCUGUACUGAAGGUAGAUGUUGAUGGUGACAAGCUGAGGCCUGCUCUGAUUGGCACAUCACGGGGGUUGCGAGUUGGGCAAAGUUGCUUUGCCAUUGGGAACCCUUAUGGAUAUGAACACACUCUAACUACUGGGGUGGUUAGCGGAUUAGGGAGGGAGAUACCAUCACCCAAUGGGAGAGCGAUUCGUGGUGCUAUACAGACAGAUGCCGCUAUAAAUGCUGGUAACUCAGGAGGUCCACUUAUUGACUCAUAUGGCCAUGUAAUUGGUGUUAAUACAGCUACAUUCACACGUAAAGUUGUCAGCUCAUACCAUACUGUAUGCACAUCUCGAGAAGGAUCUGGGAUCUCAUCCGGGGUGAACUUUGCCAUCCCCAUCGACACCGUCGUACAGUCAGUCCCCAACCUAAUUGUAUACGGGACCUCUGUGAGCAACAGGUUUUGACGGAUCUGCUGUACAUUAUCCACUUCAAUGCAUGCUCUCUUUGCUGCGCUCACAGCUCACUAUUCGCCAAUGUACCUGUCGUCUAAAAAGGAUAUGAAUUAUCAGAUGAGUCUGGUUAGAGAUUCAUCCUUCAGAAUGAUAUUUCUUCUUCGUCGUCCAUAAAGGGAGUCAAAGAAAGGAACUGCCAGAGAAGAACAUAGCGGAGGGUCAAUUCGAAGCAACGAGAAACAGAGGAGGGUAAGGGGAACCUGAACAUGACACUACGACAGGUGACGUGACUGAGGCUGUCAGGAUUAAGAAACCAUUCUCUCCAAGAUGAAUAUUCAUUCGUAUAUACGAAUAAUCGAUCGUAUUUCAUCUCGCUUUCAGUCAAAGCAGGGGGGCCUUUCUGGGUUCUUUGAAAUCACUUUCAUUUAGCACUGUCAGUUACUAAUACAUUAUGACA